AUGAAUACAGCUCGACAUCACAUGUUCCCGAGGAGCAAACAUCUCGGGAAUGGGGAAAUUCCCAUUCUUUGUUGUUUCACUUCUCAAGAUUGUCACUAUUCAAUCAAAUCAGCCGCUUCGGUGACAGGAAUCGGCUCGGAUCAUUGCUUUUACAUCAAAACCGAUUCGGGUGGUCGAAUGAUUCCCGAAGCGUUGGAACAACAGAUUAUUCGCUGCAAAAAUGAAGGGAUGCAACCGUUUUUUGUUUGUGCCACCGCCGGUACAACCGUUUAUGGAGCAUGGGAUCCGAUUGAAAAAAUCGCCGACAUCUGUGAACGUUAUCGAAUCUGGCUUCAUGUUGAUGCAGCUUGGGGCGGCGGUUUGCUUCUCUCACCCGAGCAUCGCUACAAAUUAUCCGGUAUUGAGAGAGCUCAAUCAGUGACAUGGAAUCCACACAAAUUGAUGGGAGCCAUUCUACAAUGUUCAGCGUGUCUUUUCAGACAAGAUGGAUUGCUCUUCCAAUGCAAUCAAAUGUCAGCUGAUUACCUUUUCCAACAAGAUAAACCCUAUGAUGUCAACUAUGAUACCGGAGAUAAGGCGAUCCAGUGCGGUCGUCACAAUGACACUUUCAAGUUGUGGUUAAUGUGGAAAAGCAAGGGUAUGGAGGGCUAUCGAAAACAGAUCAAUUACCUUAUGGAUUUGGCUGCCUAUUUCUCUGAGCGUCUCCGAGCCACCGAUGGCUAUGAAUUAGUUGUCGAUCCGCCAGAAUUUCUGAACAUUUGCUUUUGGUAUAUUCCUCAAAAGAUGCGCGGCUUGGAUCUUGCUGAAAAAAUGGCUCGACUAGAAAAAAUUGCUCCAAAAAUCAAGGCGAAAAUGAUGGAGAGAGGCACUACAAUGGUCGGAUAUCAGCCAGAUAAAAAGAGGCCAAAUUUCUUCCGAAUGAUUAUCUCCAAUCAGGCCAUCACUCGAGCCGAUCUCGAUUUUCUCAUUGAUGAAAUCGUGGACAUUGGAGAGUCGCUUUAUGAAACGAUG